CCUUUCUCCACGGAACGAAGAAGUGUCAACAACAAGGCGGAACUAUCACAAGCCUCGUUUGAUCCAAUCACUGACUGACUGUCCUUUCUCCCCUGUCUCUUAUUCUGCUGGUCUGCUGCAUUGCUGACCUUCUACACUAUCAACAUAUCCUCGGCCUACUGUUCUCUCUCGGGAGACCCUGUCCCGUCACACACGUCGAGGCGUCGAUCUACCUGACAACGCCAUACCGAGUAACCGCCUACAUAGAGUCAGUCAGUCUGACCGAACAUGAUUACUUUGUGAUUAUUGCAUCUGGAUCCGAGUUUCCCCUUUUUUGCGACAACACUGCCUACCACUCCUUCGAACCAACAGCUUAAAUUCGUCCCGAUUCCCGCGCAUAGACCUCCAACAUGACACAGGACUCGCCCUCUCUAAAAGACUUGCACGUCGUCGGCAACGGUGUCUCUUCAGCCUCGUCCACCACCUUCAGUUCAACUGCGCCCUUUCCCCCUUCAGAGACCAACUACACAACAACAACAACUACAACAGACAUGGCUACCUCAUCGGUCUCCAAGAUCGUCAGCCAACCCCGCAGCCUUGCCGAGGUAUGCGCCGCCUUGCGCGCAAAGCUCCUUGCCUUCCUGGCUCUUCACUCCAACGAUGAGACGGUACAGGGCACUCAACGACGGGCCCGCGAUGCUAUGGAGGUAAUAGAGGAAGCCUUGCGUCGGUAUAGACCCGAAGAACUCUCCCUCUCCUACAACGGCGGCAAGGACUGUCUCGUCCUCUUGAUCCUUAUCCUCGCCUGCUGGCCCGCCUCAGUCCAACCGCCAUCCUCCUCGUCCUCCUCUUCUUCCUCCUCGAUCUCCAACUCGUCAAAACAAACCCUCCCCCGUCUCCAAUGCAUCUACAUCGCCCCGCCAGACCCCUUCCAAGAAGUCGAGGACUUCGUCGCCACCACCACAGAAGAGUACCACCUCGACCUAGCACGAUACGCCCUGCCCAUGCGCCAAGCCCUCGAUAGUUAUCUGGACGAGAAGCCCCACGUGAAAGCCGUGUUCAUGGGCACGCGAAGGACCGAUCCGCACAGCGAGUUCCUGAACAAUUUCACGCCGACAGAUAAGGGCUGGCCACAAUUUAUGCGGAUAAAUCCCGUCUUGGAUUGGCACUAUGUUGAGAUAUGGACUUUCAUCCGCCAACUCGACAUCCCCUUCUGCUCCCUCUACUCCCAAGGCUUCUCCUCCCUCGGCGGAACAAAAGACACGCGGCCCAACCCUGCAUUGGCACUCAACGCCGAAGGCAACAAGUUCCGGCCGGCGUACGAAUUGACGCGCGAUGACGAGGAACGGCUAGGUCGCGAUCGAUAGUCGAUUCAUUUCUCAAGAAACCACGAUUUGCGAAUUUAUUAUUACCGAGAGUAAGAGCAAGCGCAUAUAUACCUAGACCAUCCUUAUCAAAGACGGAGGUUUAGUGAACUCAGGCUUAUAUUUUGGAAAGGAAGAGGAAGUGGGAAAAGAACUACAGGGCACGAGCAAGAGCAAGAGUAAGAGCAGGAGAAGAAAGAGAGGAGCUCUCUGCUUCCGAAAUACGGAACAUACUACAACUACCACCUACAUAGACAGCGUAGAGAAGCAUGGCGGCGUUUUUAGAGCGUUUGUUUGUUUUGGAUAUAUAUCACAGUUUAUUGGUUCAGGAGGAUGAUCUUUGCUAAUCUGUGAUUACAGUGCUCACUCAGCGUUCACGGUUUGGUAAGCUACAGGCAGCUUGAGUUUUGACAACGG